AUGGAUGCUGCUGAGGAACCCGCUGCGGCAGGGUCCGUGAUGGAACCUCCUGCGGCAGGGUCCGUGCUGGAAGCUCCUGUGGCGAAAGCCGCAGGGCCGGCAGGCCCGCCACCGCCGGUGUUUGUUCCCGACGAGCCGAACAUCUCAGGGAGCACUGUGCAUGGAGUGUUGUUGGAGGGGAAGGACCUCCUUGAGAUUCCGGUCGAAGAGAUCCUUGCUCUCUCGUUGUCAUCCAUCGAGCCAGCUGAGUCGCUCAUCAACGACGUUUGCUAUGAGGUAUCGAAAACAGAGGCCGAACGCUGGCACCGGGCCGCGGACCUGGCCCAGGACAAUGUGUACCGCUUAAAGGCACAGAUGGACCAGUUGGUGCGGCUGAAGCCGAACCACCAUCCCCUGGUGCUUGCGCGCCAAAUCGGCAUGGGACAGGUCAGUGGAACUGGCAAGACUGUCAAUACGCCCUUGAAGGAGGUGAUCAUGGGCGUAUCCAAGGUGGUGAGCCAAUUGGACGGCACGGUGACCAAGCAGUCCAAGUCACUCGAGAAGAUCUCGACGCUUCUUGAAAUGCUGUGCUCGUCGAUGAAAGAGUUGAUUUCUGUAGAGCAGAAGAAGUCAACAUUGGUGUCACAGAUGUCGCAGGCUGCAAAGGCCACAUCUAUGGCAGGCACGCCGACUACCCCAGCAAGCGUGCCUGGUAUCGCACCUCCAGGGUCUGCUCCAAGCGGUUUGGUGACUCCUCCGACGACCGGUGGAGCUCCGCAAGCUACUUUGGGCACCGGCCAUGUGGCAUCGACAUCGCCACCGCCGGCCCCCAAGCUCAUGCCCACGAAUCUUACGCCUCCGAUGCCAUCGGGCUUUCCUCCGGUUCCGGCCUUCAUGGGUCAGAACUAUGGAACGACGCCAGCA